UGUAAUUCUGUUUUCCCUUUCGGCCGACUCAAAUAGUCCGUUUGGCUGCCGAGAAAGCUCGGGAAAAGAAAGGAAAAUCCAAUAAAACCAAAACCCUAUUACAAAUCCUCUCACAGUUGCACUGCAAGAACACCCAAUUCGAACUGAUCGGAAAUGGCGAGCUAUCUAUGGAGGAAAUACGCAGAUUACGUUUACACAAAGUGGGAAAGAAUGAUUCUUUGGAACAUGGUGGAGCCCUACAGCAGACCCAAAUCGUUCACCCCGUUGGUCACCAUCUACGUCGCCGCUUUCUACACUGGUGUGAUUGGUUCUGCUAUCACUGAGCAGCUUUACAAGGUAAUCACUUUGCUCGGAAAAAUACUGGGAAGAACAUCCCGGGCAGGCAGUGCCUCUUAUGAAGCCAAAGUUUUACGGAGGACCGUGGAGGGUACAGCAAGGCGAGGUCCCAGCCACUCAGUGAAAGCCAUAGACCAGUCGGAGAAAUUGUUAUACGAGCUUCUACUAUUCUAUACCAUUUUCUGUUGAUGUAUGCCAACCGUUUUUAAAGGUCUCCGGUGUACGGAACGAUCGUCACCGUUCACUUUUCUUUUCCUUUUCCUUUUCAGCUAAACCAUUUUUUGUACAUCCGAUGUUAUAAAUAAAACAUCAAGCGAUCAUAACAAACUUGCUUAAACAUUACCCUAACACGUAGCUGAUAUGUGAUCAGUGAUCUAAACUUCUCCCCCAAAAUUAGAAAUCCAAGCUAUACACAUUCUGCACUAUCUUUGCCACAGACCUCCGUACCAUUUUAUUCUUCUCUCCGUCUCCGCCCCAUCUCUGCCACCGGACAAUGACAACGUAUGGGACUAUCCCGACCGAACCCCCGGCAUCCUCGAACCAACAUUUCGUCGCACUCGCAAAAGAACAGAUCCAAUCAGCCCUAGGCAACCGAAGACCAUGGCAGGAGAUUAUACAACUGCAAAAUCUCACCCUUCCCUCCACCUUCAACCAAUCAGUCCAUCGAAUCAAGACGAACGUCGUUUUCUUUCGCAUGAACUACGCCAUCAUCACAUUGUCCAUCCUCUUCCUAAGCCUCCUAUGGCACCCCAUUUCGUUGAUCGUCUUCAUCGUCAUGAUGGUUGCAUGGAUCUUUCUAUUUUUCCUGCAUGACCAACCGUUGAUGAUUCUAGGGUACCGGAUCAACGGGCAAGUGGUGAUGAUGGCCCUGUUGGUGGUCACACUCGUCGCGCUUUACCUUACUAAUGCGAGAUAUCAUAUCAUCGCGGGACUCUGCAUUGGCCUUGCGGUUGUUCUGGUGCAUGGAGCUCUGAGGGAGCCUGAGGAUGUCUUCAUUGUGGAUGAUGAAGGGCCUGGAUCAGGUGGAGGUGGUGCGCAUGUUCACAAAGUGCCUCUCAAACAUGCUGCAUCUUCUUCUUAUUCUUUGGCCAAACAAUGAGAUUCACAAAAAAGUAAGGCCUUCUUUUCACCAUCUUUUCUUUUCUAAAACAGAAAUUAUUUUCACACCCCCUUUUCUACCUCUUCACGCCUCUCUUUUCUUUUGCUUGAAUUGAGAAAACGGGAACAGAAUCAAGGGGCAUAAACAAAGGAGAAAACAAGAGUGCGGAAAUCAUUUUUCUUUUUUCUUUUUUUUUUCAAAAUUUCCUUGUACAUGAUGGUGAAUUAUGGGUUCAACGACAUGUGUCUCUAGGACUCAAAAUCUGUAAAUUCAUAUGUAAAUGGUGACACGCAAUUGGAGCUGAAACUGCAAAGAAACUCCAUAUAGAUCAAGGGAAAUUUCAGGUUCUUCCUCUAUGAGAAUUGAUGGAAACAGAAGGCUCCAGAGGCUCGAGCAACUCCAACUUUUUUCCCCGUUGUCAUAGUGGACAAAUGGGUAGAUAAGAAUGAACCUUUUUCCUCCAAAGUUCCAACGUCCAAGAGGGUAGAAGAACAUAUAUUCAAAGGUUAGUGCAAAGCGCAAAUGUGAGUUAGACCAGUUUAUCGGAGCAUUGUGUCCGCCUUUUUUCAUCCGAGUUCUUAUGUGCCUCCAUGUAGAAUAAAGUAGAGGAUAGGAAACAUGGUGUAUAUGUUGAUGAAUGGAUGAUUGGUUUUAGCAAGUUGCUAUUGGAA